AUGGUGUUCAACAGCUUGAUAAUAGCGUCAGUUGCUCACAAAUCAGCCGACGCAUGGCAACAAAUAGCACGCAUUCAACUCCAGGACCGUCUAAGCAGCCACCAGCUUCUGGAUCUCAUCUGCUGCUUUCCUCUCCAGCAAUUGGGUAGUUUUGCUCUUUGGCUCUGGACUUUUCUCUGCCUUCCUCCUCCUGAUUCCUUCUACCCUUACUCUUAUUACUCCUCUUCUUCAGAAGACGAUGAUCAACCUUAUCUUACUCAUGCUUUAGCCUCUUCUUCCUCCUCUUCCUCCUCCCUUGAUCUUGGUGACUACUACCAUGAUUCUCACUCUGAUUGA